GUGGCCUUGUAAAAUUCUACUUUUGGACUGCGGUAGAAGUGAUCAAGCAAGGGAGCCUUUGUUUAGCAUUUUGGGGAGUACUGCACAAAGGAAAAUCUGACAAUUCCUGGCGGAAGAAGGAGGACAACAACAACAACCGUAUAUGCCGUAAUUUGAGCGCUGGUGAAAUCAGCACUGCUAGCUUGAGGCAGGCGUGAGACAGACGCUCUGCUAAAAACAAACUAAUUCCAUCAGCUGGCUUUGCAGCACUGUAGGGAGGUGUUAUGGGCAACACAAGUGACAGGGUUUCUGGAGAUCGCCAUGGAGCCAAAGCUCAACGCUCAGACAGCAGCGGCAGUCAGAAAGACCAAGAACCCAGUAGUAAGAUGAUGGACAGUACAGAUGAUCCCAACAUCUUCAACACACAUGGAACUGAGUCCAAGGUACUGCUGGAAUAUUUGCAGGCAUCAGCUGACAAAGAAUUCACUCCAGGCUUGGAUGAUUUACUAAAGACCAAUCCUCAGGCUCGACCUACUGUUAUCCGCUGGGCCGGAGGCGGGAAGGAUGUCUACAUAGCCGGUUCCUUCAAUAACUGGACCACCAAGAUACCGCUAAAUAAAAGCCAUAAUGAUUUUGUAGCAAUCUUGGACUUGCCAGAAGGAGAGCACCAAUACAAGUUUUUUGUCGAUGGACAGUGGCUCCAUGAUCCUUCAGAGCCUGUGGUAACCAGUCAACUUGGCACCAUCAACAACUUGAUCCAGGUGAAAAAGUCUGAUUUUGAGGUGUUCGAUGCCCUGCAGGUCGACUCUCUGGAGUGCUCAGACACAUCAGAUCUGUCCAGCUCCCCUCCAGGGCCGUACGGGCAGGAGCAGUACAGCAUCAAACCUAGGGAACAUUUUAAGGCCCCGCCCAUACUCCCCCCUCACCUCCUUCAAGUUAUCCUCAACAAGGACACCAACAUAUCUUGUGACCCUGCCCUGCUGCCUGAGCCAAACCACGUCAUGCUGAACCACCUGUAUGCUCUUUCUAUAAAGGAUGGAGUGAUGGUGUUGAGUGCAACCCACAGAUAUAAGAAGAAGUAUGUUACCUCUCUGCUGUACAAGCCGAUCUAAACCUCAGCGGGGUGCUGUACAGUGCUUUCAGAGAGUAGCAUGCUUGUAUUUUGCAGUUUUAAAAUCACGUUUGGCCAGUUGAUGCAAUGAAACAAGUUUACAGGUGAGAUGUGAGUGUGGCUCCAUUUUAAAGAGUGCACUUUCCUCCACAUAGAGCUCUGAACAGACUGUAGUGGCAGAUGUGAACACCACACUCUGACAGACAAAGAGACUGACAAAAUCACUGUGUAUCUGACUGUUUGCAUCAACCUGUUUCUAUGCAUGUUUGCCUGUAAAGAGUUUUUUAUUUUGUUUAAUGAGGGUGCAGUGUGAGUGAACAGACCCCACAGAAAGAAAUUGUACUCCUCAUUAACUGCAAUUCUAUAGGGCAUUUGUAUGAAGAGUGCUCAUAGUGCUUUAUAUUGAUGUCUCACAUUCAUAUAUCGGUGUUAGUGAGAUGCCAUGCAAGGUGCUCGGCUUCACGCCCAGAUCAAAUAAGGACCUGACUGUUUUUCCUGUCUGAUGGAGGAUCCUCUGGUUAGACACCCCCCCCCCCCCCCCAAACUCUGAGACUACCACCUCCCCAAAUUGAAAGUUCUUGUUCAUUUCUAAUUCUUUAAAGAGGAAUUUUGAGGAUUAUUGGUGUGGAUUAACUGUUUCAUUUAAAAUUAUAUCACACUUUUAUGGAUUGAAAGUUUUUAAAACUCCAUGAUUGAUUUUUCAGAUUGCAACUCAUCCAGUACCCUGUAAUUGUGUCCUCAAAAAACAUGUGGGUCAGAACACUCAGAAAAGUCUAUGUUCGUGUUGGCUGCAUGCUUCAUAGUGCCUUUCCCUGUAUGGUGGAGCCAUUGAUGUUUGUGUGGCUAACAACAUGGACUUGAGUGUUCCUCCUCCAGCUCACUUUACCGUUUUGUUUAUAAUUUUGUGGUGUCUCGUUUGCUGAAUGUGUGUUAGUCUUCAUUCAUUGCUGAAUGAUGGCCAAACAGUGCACUUGUUUCCAGUUUGGAAGAUCCCUGGUGCAAGGUCACCCCUACCCAUUCUCUAUGAGAUGUGGAGUUGUGUUAGUAAUGUCAGCCAGUGUAAAACGUGUGCCAAGUCAAUAUGCAGAUCCACCUCAGAUCUGCUGUGGUGACCCCAAGUGAAAACAAGAGGGGGCAGCCGAAGGGACAUACUGCAGACAUUGCUGAACUGUUGUAAAAUAAAACCAGCUAGCUUAGUAACCCAAAGUCU